GCGUGCAUAAUAAAACCUAAUCAUCGGCACUUCCCGUUCCGCUCUUUGGAAGGUGGCUAGGAAUGGAACCGGCCUCUAGUAGCUAGGCUAUAGCUUCCGCCUUUAAUUCCCCCAUCAGACCAGUCAUCGCUCGUCCCCCCGGCCGCCGGCGAGCUCUUCGUCUUCCCGUGUGAUCCUUCCUUCCCAUCCGGUCCGGCCUAGACUAGAUCUGAGAGAUAGAAGGAGGGAUGGGGAGGGGGAAGAUAGUGAUAAGGAGGAUAGACAACUCCACGAGCAGGCAGGUGACCUUCUCCAAGAGGCGGAGCGGGCUGCUGAAGAAGGCGAAGGAGCUCUCUAUCCUCUGCGACGCGGAGGUUGGCCUCAUCAUCUUCUCCAGCACCGGCAGGCUCUACGAUUUCUCCAACACCAACAUGAAAGCUGUGAUAGACCGAUAUGGGAAGGCAAAAGACGAGCAGCUUGGCAAGAACGAUGCAACUUCAGAACUCAUGGUACGGUGAGGAAAAUGUAUACCUAUUUCUAGCUAACUAGCAGUUAUUGGUCGUAGUACACACGUGCCAUAUGAUGUAUGUUGGUCGGACCAAGAUCAGAAGUUUAGUCCUUCAUUACUCACAAAUA